AUGAUGGAUUUGGCUGACAUAUUUAAUGCCCCAAGCGAUGAAGAAGAUUUUUUUGGUUUUGAACCUGACAUUCCCAUUGAAACAUUGUCAUUGGACAAGAGAAAUGAGAAUGUUGAUUUGUCUGGAACAUCAGGAAUGGCAAUGGAAUUAGAACCAGACAACAACCCAACUUUAAAGGAGGAAGAUAAAGAAAAGGAAGAAGAAAUGGAAAUUCAAUCAUCUUAUAAGAAAAAAAGCUUCAAAAUUCGGGGGGCAUUGCAGCUUCCUAACAAGGAAUCAGCUAAAAAUACUUCUUCCAAGUUCUGUUCAUCAAACAAUAAUCAAACAAAAAAUACAAAUGGGAGAAAUGAAGAUCAAGAUACUUCUUCUGACUCUGAGAUAGAUGAGGCAUCAGAUGAAAAUUCUAAUGUACUUUUGAAAAGAGAGCAGAAUAUAAAAGAAAAUAAAGCUGUGCUUGCUCAGUUACUAGCAGAACUAGAUUUUAUUCCUCCCUCAAUCCAAACGAAGACUUCUUCCUCGGCUCCGAAACGAAAGAAAAAACCAAGGAACAUAUCUUCAAGAGACCCAAUACAGCGUCGAACUAACCCAACCAGGAGUGCUCGUCCCCCAGAAAACUUUGGUGUGGAGAAAAGGCUACCUGUGAAGUACCUUGAUAAUAAAACCUACCGCAGAUCGUUGAAGAGAAAACUAAAUGGGCGUAUUUUACAAAUGCCGAAAAAAGGAAAAUUAUCAAUCGCAGCACUUCAAUCAAUUGUUAUAACAAAUGAAGACUUGGCAAAUAUUGCAUAUACCAAUAAAGAUAAAAUCCGCGAUAAGAUUUUGGGAACCACGUGCCAUCAGUGUCGCCAAAAGACAACGGAUACAAAAACAAUUUGUCGUAAUGAAGACUGUGUCACUAUGCGGGGACAGUUCUGCGGGCCAUGUCUCCGUAAUCGCUAUGGAGAAGAUGUGAAAGUGGCACUUCUGAAUCCAGAGUGGAUGUGCCCUCCUUGCCGUAGAGUAUGCAACUGCAGCCACUGUCGGAAACGUGAUGGUUACUGUGCCACGGGAGCACUUAUCCACUUGGCAAAGGGUUAUGGUUAUAGCAAUGUAAGGGAGUACCUUGAAAGUUUGCCAAUGCAUCAUCAUGUUAAUGGAAAUCACUGA